CGUGCCGCUCCCCACGUCCUUAUCUCAUCCAGAAUUUUGUGUUUCAAGGGCCGCAAACACGUUAAUUACAACUCUCAACAAGGAGAUAUCAAAGCUGAUCGGUUUAACCUGCCGUUUUACUUGAUUUGUUCCCAUUUAGAUGAGUUAAGAGGAUAAAUAGACAAGCUAAAUGUCAAGCGUCUCGUCGUUUAGUCGCUUCAGCGAGCUCCCAACUGAGAUUCGACUUCUUAUCUGGCAGCAGCACUUCAAUUCUUACUUCAAGUCGCCCCAGGUUCAUACUUUCAACGGGGGGUUCCUCUCGUGGGACACCGGUCAAUUGGAGCCACUGUCGUCUUUACGUUCAAUUACUAGCAGGGGACGUCUAUUGAAGAGCUUGGCGGAUCGCUACGACUGGCACAUGCGAGACGUGCCGAUCUUACAAUGGAAAACUGUGAUACGUGAUCUCUCGCCCGUUUCGGGUAGAAUCUACUCGGCACACGACGGCGUCGUACUGACCUGGCCGGGAUUGCAACCACUGAUCAACCACGAAGCGUUAGACGCGGCCCGGGCCUGCUGUAAGCGCUACGAGGUCGUCGACCUCUGGCUCGACAACUCGACGCUCAACAUCAGCCAGCCCUGCCUCGUCGAUGUCGCGUCCGAUGUGUUUCGCAUCGACCCCGACAUAGCGAAGAUGAUGCUGGGGCUCAACGGCACGCCAUGGUUAGCUCGCAUCCGCCGACUGGCCAUAGGGCCUUUCGGUCUCCGCGGGAAUUAUGAUGUCAUUUCUAUUCUACGGAUUUUGGAGCUUACCCGGGAUCUGGAUGAGAUCUACAUCUUACUGUCGCGGGAGGUCGCCGACUCCCAAUCGUGGCAACGUAAUGCGUGCACUCGGAGCAGCAGCCUGGGGUUUCCCAUGAUGGAGGUCAGGACGGGACAGCGGUUCGAGACCAAACUGUGGGAACUGGAGGGCAAUUCGGCCGACACCGGCUACGUCCCGGGUGACUCGGACGGCACUGAGACUCUGCGUAGCAUCGUCCACGAGCUAAACCAGAAAUGCAGCAACGCUAAGGUCACGUACGGAUGCCUAGAAGUGUGACAAGGAUGCGAAGGGAUCAAGCCGAGGGCUUCACCGUAUAUUGCAGUCACUCGCCCGAUCUCUCGACGACGCAAGGGUCCGGGCCGUGAUAGGUCGCAGCGGCAUCAGCUCGGUCGUCGACCCCAAGCACACAGCCCCUUAAACAAGCAGAUGGAUGGCAGGAUGUAUACGCUCCAGUGGGCAAUGUAAUGUCGACAGCAUACCACCGAGCCCACCAGGCCGGAGAGUGCAUCCCAAUGUGAGACACAACCGCACCGCAAGGGGCGCCAUGUAGUGUACCUAGCUCGAAUGCACGACUUAUUAUAGCCGGCGGCACUUCAACACGUGUGAGGAAUUAAUAUGUCUGUCUAUACGAUGCAGGGGAGCGGGCAUUUUGGAGAGGAGGAGGAGGAGGUGGGAGUACAACAUAUGCAGGUGUAGGUAUGAGUUGUAGAGGAGGAUGCCUCCUACAAUUUAUCACAACUGGCGAAUCGUCGAUCGUGGCCGAAUGCCUGACAUGCUUCUCAUGAAUUACACACCAUCUCGGCCGACGGCCAUAUUUUUGCC